UGUAUAUUAUUGUCUAUAGAUAUAGAUAUUGAUUGAUAUAUAAAGAGGAUGAGAAGUCUUGGCUCCCCAAAGUUGGCCAAUAAUUUGGUUUUAUGUAGAAUUCCACUAAGUCUAAUAAUUGGCUUGCUAGUUGCUAGUACUGUACUGUGCCUAUUAUAGAUAAAUCCGCCUUUGCUGUCUGUCUGUCUGUCACUCAAACCAAAAACUUGAAGAAGAAGAAGAAGAUGGAGCCACUGAAUAAAGAUGAUGAAUCCAUUGAGAUGUCAAACCAAAAGAAGCUUGGUGGGGUGAAGACCUUACCCUUUAUCCUUGCGAAUGAGAUAUGUGACAGAUUCGCUGCGACCGGAUUCCACGCCAAUCUGAUAACAUACUUAACUGUACAACUUAACAUACCACUAGUGAAGGCAUCCAAUACCCUGACCAACUUCACUGGACUUUCUAGUUUUACGCCUAUUAUCGGUGCACUAGUUGCUGACUCUUUUGCUGGUCGCUACUGGACCAUCGUCGUCGCCUUGCUCAUUUACGAACUGGGCAUGAUCAUCAUUACCAUAUCAGCAUUCUUGCCACAAUUCCAUCCACCACAAUGUCCCACUCAAGUCAACUGCAAAGAAGCAUCACAAUCUCAAUUAUCAGUGCUUUAUGUCUCUCUUUUUUUGACUGCAAUCGGGUUAGGAGGCACACGGCCUUCUGUUGUUGCGUUUGCCGCAGAUCAACUUGAUAUCUCAAAGCCGAAAAAGCAGGCAACAAGCUGGAAUUUCUUCAACUGGUACUACCUUUUAUUAUCGCUAGCAAGUUUAUCUGCACUGACGCUAGUCGUGUACAUCCAAGAUCGGGUGAGUUGGGGUUGGGGUCUUGGUAUUCCGACCAUCGCAAUGGUGGUUGCGUUUGUAGCGUUUCUAGUUGGAUCUCCGCUUUAUCAGAAAGCAAAACCCGAAGGUAGUCCGUUUGUGAGAGUUGCUCAAGUGAUUGUUGCUGCGAUCAAGAAGCGUGGUGUUGAGGUACCGGUAGAUGAUAAACUUCUUUAUGAGAACAAAGAUCUUGAUGCGGGUAUUUCUAAGGACGGGCAGCUUGUUCAUACUAAUCAAUUGAGGUGGUUUGAUAGGGCUGCCAUUAUAACCCAAGAUGAUACUGUCCAUCUCCUUACAAACUCGCCGAAACUAUGGCAAAUUGCUACCGUGCAUAGAGUUGAAGAACUAAAAUCCAUGAUUAGACUGUUACCAUUUGUGUCAACGGGUAUAUUAUUCGUAAUGGCAUAUUCACACCAGGGUAGCUUCACCAUCAUGCAAGCUCGAACCAUGGACCGUCACAUAACCAAAACGAGCUCGUUUGAAAUACCUCCAGCUAGCAUGGCGGUCUUUGAUGUCCUAGCCCUAAUUAUUACCCUCGCAUUAUACGACCGUUUAUUUGUCCCUUUUGCAUCUCGCUUCACAAAGAACCCCGCAGGCAUCACAUGUUUACAACGGAUGGGUGUUGGGUUCGCUGUAAACAUAUGUGCAACAUUGGUGGGGUCGUUUGUGGAGAUCAAACGAAAACACGUAGCAAGAGAUCAUAAACUGAUCGACCAGCCAACGCAAAUAAUACCCAUAAGCGUUUAUUGGUUGGUUCCUCAGUAUACGCUUCAUGGUGUAGCUCAAGCAUUUUAUCAAGUCGGGAAAUUGGAGUUUCUUUAUGAUCAGUCACCCGAAAGUAUGAAAAGCACCGCAAUGGCUUUAUAUUGGAUUGCAAUUGGAUUAGGACAGUAUGCAGGGACAUUAAUGGUGACAUUGGUCCAUAAGUAUAGCGCGGAUAAAAACGGGAGAAAUUGGCUUCCGGAUAGGAAUAUAAAUAAAGGUAGAUUGGAAUACUACUACAUGCUUGUAACUGGGAUACAAGUAGUAAACCUUGUGUAUUAUUACAUAUGUGCCUGGUUCUAUACUUAUAAGCCGUUAGAAGAGGUCGCUAAAAGCGGUGAAGACGGAGAUCUAGAGUUGGUUGUAGAUAACAACAUGGUAGUUGAUGUAAUAAAUGGUCAUGAAGGAAAAGAAGCCAAGGAUACAUAGCAUUAGCGAGAAUCAUCAAUGAACGCGUGUAUUUAAUCCGAUUUCUAGAUGUCAAGUAUUUUCAGCUAGCUUUCAAAAGUAAAA